UUUUGUAUUCUCUUUAAUCCUAUGUACUGGCCACCACAUUCACUCUCUGCAGGAGGGAAAUGCAUAAAUACACAUAUAUAAAUAAAUAUAUAUAUAUAUAUAUAGAUAUAUAUAUAUGUAUAUAUAUAUAUAUAUGUAUAUAUAUAUAUGUAUAUACAUAUGUAUAUAUAUAUGUAUAUAUAUAUAUAUACAUGAUGCUGUCUGCACCUGUUUAAGCCGUGACCUCGGGACGUCACGGCUUGGUUCAGGGGUCCGGAUGCCGAAGAUCGUGUGUAGAGCCUCCUGGUGUCUUCGGGGUGGGCGAUCACAGCCGGCCGAUCCGCGGGUGAUCCCCCGAGGUAGUCAGCUACAGUCCUCUGGCAAGGUGGUCGCCGUGUACCUGCACAAAGGUCGGACCGUCCUUUGGGCCCGACCCCUCCGACGGUCUUGUUAGUGGACGAGAAGGGCGUUUUUUCUCCCCCCGGUAGCCUUUUGGCCCUGGACUCUUAUAGUUUCGGUCUGAUAUUACCUGAUGUUCCUGCUUGUCAGAACGGGGUCGUGCCUCUGACCGGAUUUGACGUUGCCAUUAGGGUGGCGUGUCGGAUCAUCUGGUCGCAGGGUAUGGGCGAGGGAGUCGCUGGCUGAGGGGGUGACGUUGGAGACGUCGAGUCGGCAUUAAUGCUCGUUCGCUCGGACAGGGUGUGGCCUGCGCGCGGAGGAUGGCGUGGCACGUCGCGUCGCCAUCACUCCCUGAGGGGAGUCUUUUCUACUAUCCCGCCCUGGGAUGGCUGGCGUCAUGGUCCAUGGCCCCGUUGACUUUCAUGGUGAUUCCCCUAUCACUUCCCCCCCCCCCAGGCGGAGGUUUGCUACAUCGGUCUUUAGAGUUUUGCGGACGGAGGGCGCCCACGUGCGUUUGGACAGGGAAAUCAUAAGUCCGAGCGACUCGGAAUGACUGGGUCGAGGGAUCGCGGGUCGGGAACUGAACUGGAACGACCCGGGACGGCGAGGUCGUCGAGUCGUCGGUCGGGAACGGCACUGGGGCGACUCGAAAUGACUGGAUUGUCGAGUCGCAGGUCGGAACCUGAACUGGAACGACCCGGGACGGCGAGGUCGUCGAGUCGUCGGUCGGGAACGGCACUGGGGCGACUCGAAAUGACUGGAUUGUCGAGUCGCAGGUCGGAACCUGAACUGGAACGACCCGGGACGGCGAGGUCGUCGAGUCGUCGAUCGGGAACGGCACUGGGGCGACUCGAAAUGACUGGAUUGUCGAGUCGCAAUCUGGACCGAUUGCAUGCUGUCACGCGUUGGCGCUGCGUUCGAGGUGUGGGCCUUUAUCGCUUGGGACAUACCGCCCUGCUGUCUCCUACGGGUGGGAACGCGGGCGUCUUGAGUGGAUCGUGCGGCGCCAUGCGCCACGUGGCGCUUUGAAGGGGGCGGCGCCGUUUCUAGGGAUCAGGUGCGGUCGCGCGGGAUCGGCAGAUCUGGGGCGCUGAGGCGCGCUGCCGGCUGUGAUUUAUUUCCCCUUUCUCGGGAAGCUCGACCGUCACCUCCGGCUCAUUUUAUAUAAGCCUUCCCUAAAGGGGUUUCGCUGAUCGUCGUUUGGCUGCUGUCGCUCCGUUGGGUCGCCGCUGUCCCUCGUUCACCUUGCCCUUCGACUCAGGCCUUUCACAUCGUCUCUGAGGUUAGGAUGUCUUCGUCUUCCUCCUCUUCCUCAUCCUCCACCUCUUCUUCUGAGGGCCCCGGGGUCAGGCAUUUGUCCCCGGGGGGCGAGUCCUUAAAAGUGGGGGGAAGUUCCGCCCGGCUUGCAAACCUCAAGCUGUGGCACGACGUAGAGUCGGUGGUGACCGAGGAGCUUUUGGAGGAGCUCCGGGUUCGCUACUGUAUCCCGGAGGGUUACAGCUUGUCAGCCCCCUGUCCGGGCCAACGGCCGUAUGACCAGCUCCCUCAGGGGUUCGGGCUGACGGUGGGUGCUCUUGAGGCGGGGUUGCGGUUUCCGCUUCAUCCCGUAAUCGAGGAUUGCCUCCGUGCCUGGGGCAUCUCGCCAUCCCAGAUGGCGCCGAAUUCCUGGCGAUACUUGGUCGUCUUUCUUGGGGAGUGUAGGAUGGCCGGGAUAGAACCGUCCAGGGCUCUAUUUCUGUCCUGCUUUCGGCUGUGUAGGGGUCGGGGUGGGUAUCAUCUGGCCGCUCGUAGUGGGUUCAGGAUCGGUGGGGCCCCUUCCAAUAAUAAGGGCCGGAAGAGUCGCUUCUUCUUCGUCAGCUGCAGUCGGGGGUGGGGCUUCAACACCGGAUGGACUUCCCGCACGGUCGACAACGUCCUUCCGUUGCUUUCAGGCAGAGAGUCGGCGGAUGUAGAUCGUUUGAGGGGCAUCCUGUCCUCUUCUCGGAUGAUCAAAAAGAUGACCGAGGAGUGGCUGGCCGACGUAGGGUUGAGCCCGGCUGCUGGGGGGAUGGUGAACUUCCAGUCCGUAAAGAAGGCGUCGCACUCCCGACCGACCGCGUCUCAGCCACAGGGUGGCACUGGCUCCAGAGAGGUCCCGAAGAGGGGGGCGCCCAAGACUGCGCCGACUUCUCCGAACACGAGUCGGCCGGCGAAGAAACUGAAAACUGCGGUCAGGAAAGUGUCUGCGCGUUCGGCCGCUCGGGAGCGUGAAGCCGCGGGGUUGACGGGGACCGCCCCGUCGGGCCAAGCGGCGGGGACCGCUAAGGGAAAGGAGGCGGCCGAGCCGGCUGGUGGCAACCCGGCUCAAGGGGCAUCGGCACGCCCGAGGUCGAUGCGGGACCUGUGCCGUGUCAGUCGGUUGGGGGACGAGGAGUACCAGGCCCCGAUCAUGGCCAACCUCCCUACCGGCGCAGCAGGAGCCUCCUACGCCCCGCGGUGGCCCGGGCUUAAGGCGGACAGCAAGGUCUGGGCCGACGGGUCGACGGCUUAGGAGUUUAUCCGGGGGGCGCUUCACCCGCUGCUGGCCAAAGAAUUUUAUGGCUCCACCUCGGAGGUGUUGGCGGAACGGGCGGCGAAAUCCUUGGUGUGGGUGAGUGACGCCCUUGCUUCUUCCGUUUGUCCGUUACUUUAGGUGUUGAUGCUGACCUGGGUGCAGGGCCAACAUUAUGCCAUGGCGCUGAUCGAUCGAGUCCUUGAUGCCGGGCGGCUGAUCGAACGACAGUCGAGCACUUACGCCGCGCUUCGUUUCGAGAAUCAGGAGUUGAGGCAGUCGUUCGGCCCGGAGGUCGUGGCAGCGGCCGAGCAGCGCGCCGCGGCGCUGGACGAAGAGGUGAAGCGUCUGAAGGGCGAGCUGGAGGAGAGCCAGGCUCGCGCCCGAACGUUGGACGAUGAACUCCAGACGCUCUCCACCGACGUCGAGUCCGCGCGGUCAGCCGCUUGGGCCGCCGAGGCAGCCUUGAAGGAGGAACAACAGGCUCUGCCCGAGCGGAUAGAGAGGGCGAUUGCCGAGUACAAGGCAUCGGACGGGUUCGAGCGCGGCCUGGUGAGGUCAGGGCGGGCGACGUACGAGUUCGGUUACCGAGUAGCCUGUGCUCGUGCCCGCUCGAGUCAUCCGGAGUGGGAGUUGGAAUCGGAUCCCUUCGCCGACCAUCCUGCGGACGAGGCGGUGGACAUGCCGGCGAGCGUCCCCUUCGAUGACGGGCCCGAGACACCCCCUCCGUGCUGAUGUUUUCUUUUGUUUUGGGUCGGGCUGGAGUUUCGGGUCUUUGUAUCGCCCACCCAAUGUCUGUAUGAAUUCUUCAUAAAUGAAACGACUUAU